AUGAAAAGUACACAACAGAUUGACAAAGAAAAAAAGCCAAGGAUAUCGGCAACACAAUCCAGUUUUACACAGUCAUUAACACAACACCUCACCCAAUAUAUCGAAGAACCCAAAAAAAGUGUUUCAAAAAAAGAGUUGUUAUGUACGCAAGGGCCAAUAAAAAUCAAAGAAGAACUUUUAGACCAAGUCGAACUUAUUCAAAAAGAACAUAAAAGUGAUUCUUCUCGUAUUAGCAAACUCGUUGGGAACACACCAACCCCUUUUCACUCCACAACAGACAAACUCAGUGACAAACAACCCCAAACGGAUGAUGACAGAAUUCAAAAGUUGUUGAGCAACUUCCCAACUAAGAAAGAGGAAGACAAAGAAGUCACUGAAGAGCAAAACAAAAUCAGAGCAAUUCUAAAAAGAGCUUUUAAUGGACAAGACUACGAUCUGACUUUUUCAAAGACAGAAAUCGAUUUCAUGGAUACCAAAGACAAUGCAUAUGAAUGUUGUGUCUCAGUUAAAGUGAGACUUUUACUUAAAGAGAGUGGUGUCUUUCAUGAGAACUAUGGGUCGUAUUGUGGGGUAGGAGACUCUGAAGCUACUGCUCUAAAAUUGUGCCAAAGAAAAGCGAAGAUAAAUGGACUUUUUAGAACACUUCAAUUGUUCAACGUGACAACAACAGAGUUCCACAAUCAGUUUAGAACUAUUAUCACUGAGUAA